AUGGGUAACGUUUGCAGUUGUUGCGGCUGCGGCUCCUCCAGGAACGCCAACUACGAGCCGCUCCUGCUCGACAACGAGCGAGAUGCCGUCGCGGAUCUGCUGCAGUACCUUGAGAACCGCUCCGAAACCAACUUCUUCACUGGCGACCCGCUGCGAGCAUUAUCCACGCUCUCGUUCAGCGACAAUGUGGACCUGCAGCGCAGCGCCGCGCUCGCCUUUGCCGAGAUCACGGAAAAGGAGGUGCGCGAGGUCGGCCGCGACACGCUCGAGCCCAUCAUGUUCCUCCUGCAGAGUCACGACGUCGAGGUGCAGCGCGCCGCCAGUGCCGCGCUCGGCAACCUCGCCGUCAAUGCCGAGAACAAGCUGCUCAUCGUCAAGCUCGGCGGCCUCGAGCCCUUGAUCCGCCAGAUGCUCAGCCCAAACGUCGAAGUGCAGUGCAACGCCGUCGGCUGCAUCACCAACCUCGCCACCCACGACGACAACAAGACCAAGAUCGCCAAGUCGGGCGCAUUGGUUCCGCUCACGCGCCUGGCUCGAUCCAAGGACAUGCGUGUGCAGCGCAACGCCACGGGUGCGCUGCUCAACAUGACGCACAGCGACGAGAACCGCCAGCAGCUCGUCAAUGCCGGCGCCAUCCCCGUGCUCGUCGGCCUUCUCGGCAGCUCGGACACGGACGUGCAGUACUACUGCACCACCGCGCUCAGCAACAUCGCCGUCGACGCGGCCAACCGCAAGAAGCUCGCGCAGACCGAGCCUCGACUCGUGCAAAACCUCAUCGGUCUCAUGGAGAGCUCGUCGCUCAAGGUGCAGUGCCAGUCGGCGCUCGCGCUGCGUAACCUCGCGUCGGACGAAAAGUACCAGAUCGAGAUUGUGCGCUCCAACGGCUUGCCGCCUCUGCUGCGACUGCUGCGCUCGUCGUUCCUGCCGCUCAUCCUGUCGGCGGCGGCGUGCGUGCGCAACGUGUCGAUCCAUCCGGCCAACGAGUCGCCCAUCAUCGAUGCCGGCUUCCUGCACCCGCUCAUCGACCUGCUCAGCCACGAGGACAACGAAGAGAUCCAGUGCCAUGCCAUCAGCACGCUGCGCAACCUCGCUGCGUCGAGCGAGCGCAACAAGACGGCGAUCGUCGAGGCGGGCGCGGUGGAGCGCAUCAAGGAGCUCGUGCUCAACGUGCCGCUGAGCGUGCAGAGCGAGAUGACGGCGUGUGCGGCCGUGCUGGCGCUGUCCGAGGACCUCAAGCCGCAGCUGCUCGAGAUGGGCAUCUGCGAGGUGCUCAUCCCGCUCACCGCGUCGCCCUCGGUCGAGGUGCAGGGCAACUCGGCGGCGGCGCUGGGCAACCUCUCGUCGAAAUCCGACGACUAUGCGCCGUUCAACGCGGUGUGGAACCAGCCCGAGGGCGGCCUGCACGGCUACCUGGUGCGCUUCCUCGAGUCGCACGACUCGACCUUCCAGCACAUUGCGGUGUGGACGAUUGUGCAGCUGCUCGAGUCGGGCGAUGGGCAGCUGGAGGACAACAUCCGCAGCUCCGAGCAGCUGCUGCCGCUCAUCCAGCACCUCGCCUCGCUCUCGGCCGACCAGAGCGCCGAGGACGAGAGGACCGACGGCUCGGACGACGGCACGAGUGCCGAGGGCGAGAUCUCGUCGCUUGCCAGGCGCAUCCAGGAGAUGAUCCUCGAGCCGCAGCAGUGA